AUGGCUGAAGCAAUUGUUUCUUUGGUCUUGAAGCAACUGGGUUCAGUUCUUUCUGAGCAGGCGUCUGGCUGCAUCGGAAAACAAGUGAGCCUUGUUUGGGAUGUUGACGAAGAAGUAGAGAAACUUACGCACAACCUUGAAGCCAUUCAAGCUGUGCUAUUUGAUGCAGAGCAAAAACAAAUAAAGAAUGCAGCUGUGAGACUGUGGUUACAUCGUCUCAAAGACGUAUGCUAUGACGUGGACGAUGUGCUGGAUGAGUGGAAUACUGCAAUCUUGAAAUUGCGAAUUGAGGGGGGUCAUGAUCAUAAUGCUAUUGCUCCGAAGAAGAAGGUGUGUUGCUUCUUUCCAUCUCCUUGUUUUGGUUUCAAAGAAGUUGUUUUACGUCGCGACAUUGCAGUUAGGAUAACUGAUAUAAAUAAAAAGCUAGAUGCUAUAGCCAAAGAGAAAAAUGAUUAUAAUCUUAAUGUGAUUAAGGCUAUUGAGAGAUUUGAUAAUCUACCAAUGCAAAGUACUUCUUUUAUUGAUGUCUCUGAUAUAAUUGGUAGAGAUAAUUUGAAGAAUGAUUUAGUAAGCAAGUUAUUGUGUGAGGGCAGUGAAAAAAACCUCCAUAUCAUCUCGCUUGUAGGGAUGGGGGGAAUAGGAAAAACAACUCUUGCCCAAUUUGCUUAUAAUAACAAUGAGGUGGAGAACAAAUUUGAUAAAAAAAUCUGGGUGUGUGUAUCAGAACCUUUCGAUGAGAUUAGGAUUGCCAAAGCGAUCAUUCAAUCUCUCAAAAAUAAUACUCCUAAUGUAGCAGAAUUAGAAUAUCUUCUUCAAUGUAUUCGUGACUCUGUUAAGACUAAAAAAUUUUUGCUUAUUUUGGAUGAUGUGUGGACUGAAAAUAACAAGAAAUGGGAACCAUUCUAUAAUUGUCUAAAGAAUGGUCUUCAUGGGAGUAAAAUUUUAAUUACCACACGUAAAGAGUCAGUUGCACGUAUAAUGAAAUCAAAUGAUAUCAUAAAUGUUGGUGAAUUGUCUAAUGAGGAGAAUUGGUUAUUGUUUGAAAAGCUAGCACUUUCUGAAAGACUUCCUGAAGAGUAUAAAAAUUUAGAAGAAAUUGGUAGGAAAAUAGUUAGGAAGUGCAAGGGGUUACCUCUUGCUGUAAAAACUAUUGGGAGUCUCUUGCAGUUUAAAAAAUCUAAAGAGCAGUGGCAACAUGUGUUAGAUAGUGAAAUGUGGAAGUUUGAAGAUACUGAAAAAGGUCUUUUAACCCCUUUGAUGUUGAGUUAUAAUGAUUUAACUCUAAUGGUAAAACGGUGUUUUGUAUGUUGCUCUAUAUAUCCAAAAGAUUAUAAUAUCGAUAAACGUACAAUAGUUGAUUUAUGGAUGGCUCAGGGUUAUCUUAGGAAAGAAAAAAAUGAUGAGAAUGAGAAUAUAACUGGUGAAGAAUAUUUGGACUAUUUAGUGACAAGAUCUCUCUUACAAAAGCACAAAUCAUUUUCUGAUUCGUACAUGAUGCAUGAUAUAGUACACGACUUUGCACAAUUUUUGGGUGAUAAAGAGUGCUCAUCAAUAGAAGUCUAUGGCGACGAAGACUCACUUAAAAACUCUCCUAGGGACAAACGUGGAUUGCCUCAUAACAUUACCUCAGGGGAUUGGAAAAUUAGUAAAUUUGAGGCGUUUGGAAUAUAA